AUGGGAUUUUGGGUCAGAAAACAAGUGAUGAGGUGGGUGGUUGCUGUUAUUAUAAUAAUAUUAGGGUCUGAUGAUGGAAGUGAGGGAUGUUUGGAAGAAGAGAGAGAAGCUCUUUUGAGAUUGAAAGGAGCUUUCAGUUACCCAAAUGGUUCUUCUCUUCCUUCUUGGAAUAACCUUAACCAUUAUGAUUGCUGCACUUGGGAGGGUGUGACCUGUGAUACUGCUACACACAGGGUUAUAAGCCUUGUUUUGAUCAAUAGAAGAGCUCCAGAGUUAGAACACUUCAAGUGGUCACUGAAUGCUUCUUAUUUUCUCCCUUUCCACCAACUUCAAGAAUUGGAUUUGUCUGGAAAUUACUUGUCAGGGCUAUUUGGCGAAAUUAGGUUGGACAACUUGCAAACUUUGUAUCUGGAAGAUAAUCAGCUGACUGAAAUCCACUUCUCUGAUGAUUUUCAUUCACGCAAUUCGAAGACUUUGGAAUUAUCUUCAAAUUACUGGGAGGAUGGUCAUGCAGAAUCUAAUCAAUUGUCUCUCACAUCUCUAACCUCCUUGCGAACAUUGUCCCUUUAUAGCAAUAGCCUAAAAGGCUCAUUACCACAGCAAGGAACCUUCCCAUGUGAGCUCUUUCAUUCUCUCAAGUCCCUCAAAUACAUUACCUUAGAUGAAAGUAAUUUCACUGGCAUAGCAUCGCUUUCUUUGUUUGCCAACCACUCCAAGCUUCAAGUUUUCACAAUUUCAUGCUCUAAUAAUCCCAAUCUCAAGAUUGAAACUGAAAACCCCCAAUUUGUCCCUUCAUUCCAAUUAAAGAUUUUCAGUGUAUCCGAGUGCACUAUGAAUGAAGGAAGCAAUGGCAGAAUUGUACCAUCUUUUCUUCUUCAUCAACAUGACUUGAGAGUUCUACAACUUGUCCGUUUGAACCUUUCGGGAAGUUUCCCAAACUGGGCUUUCACAAACAACACCAAAUUAAAUACUCUCAAUGUCAACCACAACUUCUUGACUGGUCCCUUCAAGCUCAAAUCCACCUCAAAAUUACUUGAUAUGCAGUAUUUUCAAGCUUUCUCUAACCCUAUUAAUGAUGAAAUCCCUCCUCAUAUUGGAUAUGUUCUUCCCAACUUGCUUUCUCUAAACUUGUCUUCCAGUUCAUUAUUUGGUGGAUUUCCAGCUUCGCUCAGUGAUAUGAGGCAGUUAAACUCGCUAGACUUGUCCAAUAACAAUUUGUCUGGCUAUUUGCCCCAAGAAUUUGGUAAGGGUCACAAUGACUUGUGGUUUCUGAAGUUGUCAAAAAACAACUUAAGUGGUCCGUGUUUAGCAGGAGGUUCAAAUUUCACACAUUUGUUGUCUGUGGAUCUAAGCAACAACAACUUCAAAGGAAAAGUGCCAGAUGGUAUUGUUAAAAGUUCAGAACUAAGAAUGUUGCGUUUAAGUGCAAACCAACUAUAUGGAGAAAUACCUAGUUGGAUUGGAAACUUCAAGCAUUUGGCUUACCUCAUUUUAUCCCAAAAUUCUCUGUCAGGUCCAAUUCCACAAAGCUUUUGCAAUUUAGCUGAGCUCAAAUACUUAGACCUUUCUCAAAAUAGAUUCAAUGGUGUUAGUGUAUAA